ACCUUUGAACUGACUUUUUUAGGACUUUUAUUUGUUCAAAAAGUGAAAUCCCCUAAAAUUACCUAAGUAAUGUUAAAUCAAAUGCAAACUAGUAAAGUUAUGAAUAAAUUUUUGUGAUUUGUUUCCGUAGCACUUGUGAUUUUAAACUUCAUUAACUUAUAAAAAUGACAAGAGUACAACGUUUGGGAUACUUAUCUGCUCAAAAUUCAAUGUUCUUUUUAUGUGAUGUUCAAGAGAAAUUUCGAUUUAUAGAUUCUUUUCCGUUCUUCAUUAAAAAUGUUUCUAAGCUCCUUCUAGCCGGAAAAACUUUGAAUGUUCCGCUUAUUGUGUCAGAACAGAAUCCAUCGAAAUUGGGUAAAACAGUUUCAGAGCUUAACAUUGAUCAUGCAAUGGAAAAGUUUUCCAAGACCCAAUUUUCUAUGAUUACACCUGAAAUAAAAAAUAUUCUGGAUAAAUUAGAUAAUGUAGACUCAAUCAUAUUGAUGGGUCUAGAAAGUCACAUAUGCGUUGAACAAACUGCUAUGGAUUUAUUAUCAGAUGGAAAGUAUUCUGUUCACAUUGCCACUGAUUGUAUCUUGUCUCGCUCCACUGGAGAUCUUUUAAUGGCAUUAUCACGAUUGCAAAAUAUGGGUUGCAUCAUUUCAACUUCUGAAAAUAUCAUAUUUAAACUGCUCAAAGAUAAAAAUAUCUAAUUCCAAGUUCAAUGAAGUGCGAAAACUUGUAACGGAACCGUCAAAAUUUCCAGAUGCAUUAAGUAAAUUAUAAUAAAAAAUAUUAGUUUCUUAGAUUACAGUAUGUAUCAAUAUUUAAAUCAGAAUGGUGCUUGGAUCCUUGUUUUAGUCAUUUAAAAACUUGUUAAGAAAUAUAAUUAUAUACCUACUUAUACAUAAGAAGAUCAAAUAAAAAUGAUUUCAGUAAAAAAAUUCAAA